AUGCUCGUCUCCUGCGGCGCGGACGACAUCCGCGUGUGGGAGAUGCCUUCCGGGGAGUACCUCGGCACCGCGAGCACCCUCCUCGACGAUAAGGACGAACCUGAAAGCGAACACCCCACACUGCGGGCAAAGCGAAAGAAAACGGAGGAGCUCGCGUAUCGUUGGAGCGCCUGUGCGAUGAGCCCGCGGGAGGUUCUCGCCGUUGGCAGCGCGGAUGGCGAGCUCGCGUUUUACGACUGGAAGGUUCCACAAGCGGCGCCGAUUGCGACCGCGACGGGGCCCGCGCGACGGGUUUAUCACUUUCGUCCAUAUCAAUUCACGAAGACGAAAUCGAUCCCGGGCACCCUACCUGGGGAAGGGGGGAUUAACGCGAUGGCGUUUGACUUCUCAGGUACCCGUCUGAUCACGGCGGAGAGCGAUAAAAGUGUUAAGGUGUGGAAGCUAAAGGAUACGUGA